AUGCUUCGAGUGCCGAAAGAUCGGGCCUCCCCCUCGAGUUAUGGAAAUAACUCACCAUUCAGCCCUGGACGUCGGAACGCCAUCUCGCGAAUUCCACGUCCCCCCUCUCCAUCCGGUAACCCUGAUACUGGUGGUCCCAGUAUCACAGAAGAUUCCGAUAGCUCUGAUUACGGUGAUACCACACCUCUGGGACCCACUGUUCGCAUGUCAUUGAGUGCCAACAAAGUCAUCAUGGGAGACGAAGCUCAAUCCCGUUGUCUUCCAGUCAUUACCAACGAGAGUCGUUCACAGGGCAAAUUUCGUCCACGAAUCAUCCAAAACAGCAGCCCGCACAGCGAGAACUUUGGCAGGCCUGGCGAUGAUAAGACGAAUACAUCAUUUGCCCGUUCUCACAAUCAGUAUUUUCCGGCAGGGCUAUCUACCACGCGGCCCCCAUCUCCUGACAUUAUCACCUUUGCAAUGCUCAAUGGCGAUCGUAACAUCCCUGACCCAAUUUCAGGAGUCAGCCCCGUGAUGAAUCCAAGCUCACAUCUUCUCCCACGCCUUCUCCCGCGCCCUCCCCCCCGGACUUCAUCCAUGAAUGCUUUGACGGCCUUGCACAGCCACCCUGUGAGCCCGGGUGAAUUCGACAACGACCCCAUCCCUGCCAAAUCUACAGGAAAACGCGGGACUACUGCAUAUGACCUCACCGUCGCCAAAUCUGCAGGAGCAAUCGGGACUACUGCACAUGAUCUUACCAAAGCCAGAUCUGUCGGGAUGAUUGGAGCUAGUGAAAGCAUCAAAUUCGAAGAUAUCUGCCAGAGUCACCCUGAAAUGGAAGGUACUGUCAUUCAGACGGGCAUCAUCAGAGUUCCUGCCACGGUUCCACGAGUUUCUCGAGUCAUGGGUGGUAUUCGCAGUGCUUUUACACGAUCCCGUUCUGAGAAGCGCGCAAAAUCCACAUUGUCCCAGGAGCUUUUCAGUGAAGAGCCGGUUCCAACUUUCGUUCUCCAACCCCGUUUGACGAAGCGCUCAAAGUCCAUUGCUUUGUUUGAUAUGGUGAAAGUCCAGCCCUCGGUUUCCGCUCCCCCGGUUCCUGUCCCCCCGGUUCCCACCACUCCCUCAGGUCCCACUCCCAACCUUGAGACCGGUAGCCUCAAGAAGAAGAACCCCGAGUGGCCCCUUGGCCGUCGGGCUCCAAUGUCCACGGGUGAGAGUACCAACGCCCUGAAGGGCCCCCGGAGCGCCCCCCAUAAAGAAGGGCACCCAGAAGCGACCCUUUGGUCCUCCAGUUUGCCCCCCAACAGCUCCGGCAAGUUGGAGGAGGUCAAACUGGAUACCACUGGGCUCGACAGCGUCCGACAGACCUUGAACGGCCUCGGACGGCUGCUGGUAGAAGACGAGGAUGUUGAACGACGUCGAGUUUGGUACCGGGAAUUCAUUACUCUGCACAAUCUUCUGGCGGACUUCAACAGCAGAGAAGCCGGCAUCGAAGAAGCAGGCUCUUUGGUGGCUCAGAUGCGCGCGGAGGCAUCUUUGCGCCGGUACGCGAUGAUCGUCAAAGUUCAUCAAAUCAACAAGGAGCACGCUGGUUUCUAUGCCGGAGACCUGCCCAGUGACCGCGUUGUGGAGUCGUGGAAGAGUGGCGACUCGGAGAAGUGCCCUCUUGUCUGA